UCCUUUUCCAUGUCUCGCGACACGCAGCCAAGAAAGCCCAAGUUUUUCGUGGAAGUUCUCAGAAAACUGAGGCGACGACAUACUACCGCGACGGCCCGGGAAUCCCGGUUAGCAGAACAUCAAGCAGCUAUCGAGGUUUACGAAGCGUCUCAAGAACAGAUGGAUCGUAUACUACAAAAAAUUGUCGAGUAUCUGCCCUUGGCAAAUCAAAUUGGUGUGCCAGCGAUUCUGAACGACUGGGAGCGCCUCUUGAGGACCCACGAAGACAUCCGUUUAAUUGUCGAUGGGGGCUUCAUCACGCUUUCCAGUCAUCAUUUCGACAGUCCUGAGGCUACAGAAGCUCGAUCGGGUGCGAGGACACUCGGUAAACAAUUAAAGGCCCACAGGUGGAACGUCGAUAACGCAUCCAGUAAAGUCACAGAGAGUCUCGCACGAAUGCAAUUGAAGGCAAUGGUCCAACAGGAAUCUUCUUCGACUGAUGUGCCAACCGGGGAGGUUAGCUUCUUGUCGGCGGCUACCGAGACCGUGGUAGUCAAACCAAACCUGAAUUCAAAUUCAUCCUCGGCUAUUACUGACGAACUUGUGGACCUGCGGAAGGUCAAUGAUGUCGAACUCUCUUUAGCGGAGGAGACCGAGUGGCUGUCGAAUUCGGCGGAAGGACGGAUGACGUGGAUGACACUGGAUCCCGAUGAAAAUCCGUGGCAAUGA